GCUCUUGCUGUGAUUACAGGCAAUUGUGCCAAUCAUGCUAUCUGACAAGAUUGCUGAGCGUGUCAGAAGCCAAAUUGAUGCCCGUGGUGACCAUCCACCUGACCAUUAUAGCUUUUGGAAGUUCGUCCACAGCCACAACUACGAAAGUAGAGGCACAAGCCACAUCUCUGUGCUCGCUGCAGAUGGCAGUGCUGUGUCUGCCACCAGCACCAUCAACUAUCCGUUUGGCUCCUUCGUUUAUUCCAACCAGACUGGGAUCAUUUUGAAUAAUGAACUUGCUGAUUUCUGCACAGCAGCCACAAGUAUUAAUGCAGGAGAGAGGCCUCCCUCAGCAAUGGUGCCUUCUAUCCUCAUCUCCAAGUCAGGAGACAUGCUGGUGAUUGGAGGGGCUGGUGGGGGCUGGAUUAUCAGUGCUACUGCUAUGGCCAUUGUAAACAAGCUGUGGUUUGGUUAUGACUUGGAACGUGCCAUUUCAUCUCCCAUCAUGCAUACCAACAAAGACGUCAUCCUGUUUGAGAAACACUUCAGUGAGGAUGUUCGAAACAGCCUGCUGAAAAGAGGACACAAAGAACAGAAAGUUGAAUUCACAAUGAAUGUUGUGCAGGGAGUUUCCAAGGAAGGAAAAUGCAUCUCUGCCUACUCUGAUAAAAGGAAGCUGGGGAAAUCAGCUGGAUAUUAGCAUGAAAUGCCAUCACAACAUCUCUGUACUAGUCCAAAUCACAGAAGAUAACUAUAUUCAGAAUCAUACAUCUUCCACUGCUGCUGGAGAGCCUCGGUUAAGAACAGAAUUGGUUUCUUUCAGGCUGUUGCCAUGAUAAGCUUCUUCUAAUUACUGGGGCUCAGCAAUGUGAAGUAAUUGAGUAACUAUAGGAAAUGUCUGUAUACAAUUACAUUUGGGCUUCCAGGGUGGGUUUAGAAAGGGAAGAAAGCAAAACUUGGUGUUCUAUCUCUUGGUUUUCCCAUCCAGAUGAGCCCUACUUUUCCCAAAGAAUGGCAGAUGAAAUCAGUGCACCAUAGCACUAGUUUGCUGCCAAGCAUGGUCUCUACUUUGAAGACAUAAUGGAAACCACGAGCUGAAGGCUUAUUCUACUCUGCCUACUGGUCACCUAAAGUCUAAACCUCCUAUGGGGCAAUGUGAAGUUGCUGCUUCGCUCCUUGAUGACACAUCUCCCUGUAGUAGGAGUCCUCAUCUAUGCCUGUUCUUCCUCCUCAUUGCCUGCAGAAGAGAAGUAGUUUGGGAAGACAGAAGAAGAUAGCAGUUGAAGAAACACCGCAUCGCUUUUGAAACGUCAUAACUUUCUUCAAAACGCAAAGGAUGUAUAAUUAGAAGACUUAUUUUGUAGGCAUGAGCUUCUUCCGGACAGGCAAACACCAAGACUGCUGAAAAGUGUUGAUGCAGUUGCAAAACACUUUUCUUUCUUAGCCUGAGUACAUGCUCUAAUUCUGUUUAUCACAAAUAGUCUCAAAUGUUCCCUAAAGACGACAAGAAUGAAACUGCAUGACUAGUUGGGAGCUUCUGGAGGAGAGAACGGAACCCAUUUAUCUGGACACAAGAGGUCCUUUGCCAUUACCCUGUAACCUUGCCCUGCUUAGGAUGGCCAAAGGAAUCUAAUGUUAAAAGUAUAAACAACUCACAAUGCACUUCUCAAAAAACCAACAACUUCUGUUUUCUGAAAGCUCGUGAAUGUUACUUUCCUAUGGAUGCAGACAGUAUUGUAUGAGUAUUUCUGACAGCGAAGUUAAACUAGGUAGGCACUAGUAGAGCCCUCCUUACCCCCCCCAUAACUUCACCUCCCAUGCAACCCUUGGUAUUUCAACUGCACAAACAAAAAAGCAUAGCAACUAUUUGAGCACAGACAAUUAAAGCAAACUCAAACCAGACCAUCUGCCUGCACUGUUGUAAACAGAGAGAGGUGAGUAAUGAGUCUACAUUCUUAACAACAAAUUUUGUCAGUAAGUCAUUGACUUGUUGAAAUCUUGGCCUUCAGAUGAAUUUUAAUUAUUUUCUAAGUAAUGUUGUCUAGAUCCAGACAGAGUAGCCAGACUACUCUGGAUCCUGGCUUUAGCAAGAUCUGCAGUUAUUUCUAGCUUGACCAACUGCUUAGAGCUUACAGAAAAGCAACCAAAAUGGCACUGGCUAAAGGCAGUCCUUGCUUUGCUAUUAAGCCAUGCCCCAUCAUGUCUCACCUCUAGAAAAACCAAUCCAUAAAGCAAAUGAUUCUCCUAAUUCCCUUCAUUUCUGAUGUACCAAAGGGUAAAUCACCUUUGCAAUAUACUACCAUCACUGCUAUGUCUCACAACGAAGCCAUGGGAAUAUUAUCCUCUGACCAGCACUUGCUGCAAUUUAACUGCUUUACUAUUAACACUGAAACUGAGCCAAUUGAGCAAUUUCAGAACCUGUCAGAGAUUUCAUUUGCAAGGCAGAAAAGAAUGCAUGCAGAUCGCCCACUGCGGCAGCCCUGGAUCCCUCACUGACAAACAAAACAUCUCGUGAAGCUGAGAUCUGUAUCUCCUUCUCACCCUGCCGCCUCCUCAGUGCUCCAGAAACUCCGAGUCUCCCAGGUUCAUCCCUCCCCAUUCAACGCUGAUGCCAACAGAAGAGCAUUAUUUUUAUAACUAGUCAAGUUACAUGGACUUUUAAAGCACUGCUGUACAUAGGCUGCUCUGUUUCCUAACAAAGUCUUUAAAUUAUAUUUUUAAUAAAGUGUUUUAAACCUUAAAA